CUCGUCACGUCACUGUCGCAUAGAGAAAAAAUUCCUUAUUCACUUUUGAGGCACUUUCCGCGUCCAAAUUUCACAUUUUGGCCUCUAUAUCGCUGUGAUUGAUUGUUGGUUAUCGUGGUGAGUGGUGUUUUGUCCAAUUGUGCCACGAGUUGCAUCAUUUCGGGAGUGAAAUCUGUUUGACAGCGAAACCUCCACGGAUCACACUCCUUGACAAUAGAGAGCUUCGCAAAGCGAGAAAAUUCAGCUGGGUUUUCAGCUAAAAAUUAUGGUGUUGUCCUGCCAAUGUCCGCUCGGCAUCGUUUUCCCGGCCAUGAGUCCGGUGACAGUGUGAUAACUUUCGUGAAUGUUGAGGAAGAGGCUGAGAACAAGUAUCAGAAGAAGAAGGCCGCCUGGUCGUUCAAUCCUGCCCAAUUGUCGGCCUCUAUUAAAGCUUUCGCGGGCUCAGUUCAGGAGUCACCCAGAGAGCCGCCCAAGGAGACCGCGCCCGAUCCCUCGGAUUUUGAUUUUCUCGACAAGGAAGAGGAGGAAAUCAUCGUGAUGACGGCCAGAGACAGAACACUGGAAUUCUCCAAUGCCAUCCGCUCGAUGCAGGGCAGGAAUAUCGCCCGGGCGGUGAACAUCAGAGAUCCCCGAAAGGCGCAGCAGAUGCAGAGCUACUCGGAGUUCAUGAUGGUGGCGAAGGGAAUUGGGAAGAACAUCGCGAGCACGUACACGAAACUGGAGAAACUGACACUGCUGGCCAAGAGAAAGUCUCUCUUCGACGACAGACCGGCAGAGAUUCAGGAGUUGACGUACAUCAUAAAAGGCGACCUCAACUCCCUGAAUCAGCAGAUCGCGAAGCUGCAGGACAUCGGCAAGAGCCAGAGGCGCUCCAGCAGUGGGAAACACUUGUUGUCACAUUCCUCCAACAUGGUUGUGGCUCUCCAGGCUAAGCUGGUGAACAUGAGCAACGACUUCAAGCAGAUCCUGGAGGUGCGCACGGAAAAUCUCAAGCACCAGAAGACCCGGCGGGACCAAUUCAGCCAAGGACCCGUCACCAACUCCCUGCCGCCGUCCUCGAUGCGCGGCUCAAGCCAGGGAAGUCUUCUGCUCAGUGAACAGGACCAGGAUUCGGUGCACAUCUCCCUGGGAGACAACGCCUCGGCAUCACAGCCUCUGCUGCCGCGCCAGCAAAUGCAGCAGCAGCUGAUGCUGUACGAUGAGUCUGAUAACUAUGUGCAGCAGCGCGCGGAGACCAUGCAGAACAUCGAGAGCACAAUCGUGGAGCUGGGCGGAAUCUUCCAGCAGCUGGCGCACAUGGUCAAGGAACAGGAGGAGAUGGUGGAGCGGAUUGACAGCAAUGUUCAGGACACGGAGCUCAACAUUGAAGCGGCUCACGGAGAGAUCCUCAAGUAUUUCCAGAGCGUCAGCAAGAAUCGCUGGCUGAUGAUCAAGAUCUUCGGCGUUCUCAUUAUGUUCUUCAUCUUCUUUGUUGUCUUCAUGGCGUAGCCGCAGCCACGCGCCAUGGAAGACAUUCUGUAAAUGUUUAUGCAAAUAGAGGGGAAUAUUUAACAAAA